AUGGCUCAAAAAUUACCCGAUAAUUCAUCAAAACAAUAUGUCGAUUUGAAACAAGAAAUCCGCUCUUUAUUAAUUAGUUCACAAAAGGGUUUAACUGAAAGUCAAUUACAACGCGAUUACGCUGAUUACAAUAGUAAAAAAGAAAUACCUUAUAAAGUUAUGGGCUAUAAAUCAUUACUUGAUCUCUUGAGAUCGAUGCCUGAUGUGGCCAGAAUUGAGAAUAAUAAUCCACUUGUUAUACAUGGUGUGGCGGAUAAGAAUACUGAACAUCUCAAAAAAAUGAUAUCACAGCAACGAAGAAGCAAACGAACUCGAAGAUCUGGUGGUUCACGUGGUCGUGGUGGAGCGUAUUUUAACUCAACACGAACACGAUGGCCGAGACAACAGCCACCGAACAAUUUCGACAAUGUUUCAUCACUUAUGAAUCAAUAUCCAUCGUUUAAUAGCAAUUAUUAUCCAAAUUACCCAAAUCAACAAGGAUAUUACUAUCCACAGCGAUAUAUACCACCGCUAAUUCCUGAUUGUAAUGGCUCUAUAACGAGUAUGAGAAGCGAUAUUUAUAACAACAUAAAAUCACUUUUACUUUUUAUCAUAGCUGCUAGCAAACUUUCCACAAUGUCUGCCCAUUUAUCACAACCACCUGUAUCAGCAUCACCGUCGUCAUUACUUUAUGACUCGAAAUUCGAUGCAUACGAACUGGCUGAAGAUGGUAACAGUACAGUAAUGGAUGAAGAUAUGAGUUUCAUAGACGAUGAUGAAUUUGUACAAUUUGAUCAGUAUUAUUCAACUGAAUAUGGUGAAGAAACAGUUUUACUAAGAAAAAGAUUACGUUUCUUAUUAUUAAAAUAUUCAAACGGCGUUUGGCUUGCAAAUAUACAAAAACUUUUCAAAAAAACUUACAGUGAGGAAUUAGAUCUUGAAAAACACAGAUUAAAGAGUUUAAUGGAUUUAUACAGUCGUAUAGAUGAUUUUGUUAAUUGCAAACGUGAUGAUACAAAAGAUUCAUCAGAUCGUAUUCUAUUACUAAAACCUAAUAUGUUAGAAGCAGUGAAAAAAGAAUAUAAUGCAUUUAGUCAACAAUCAACAAUAAAUGAAUCAGUUUCAAGACCAUUAUCAACGUCACAAAAUUCAACUUGUUCAACGUCAAUGCCAAUAUUAUCAUCAAACCAAGCUAAUUCGUUGAAAUUGGACCUCACUGUGGAUACAGCACAAUGUCCAUCAAGUAAUGACGUACAACGCCCAGAUUACGAUCGUAUAGAAAAUCCGUCCAUGAAAUGCUCAAUAACAACAUCAGAAAACAACAGUACCAAAACGGCACUAUUGACAUCACCCGCUAUAUCAUCAUCUAAUAGUUGUUACAUUGAUGAACGUCUUUUAUCAAAGCAAAAUAUUGAAAUACUACCGUAUGAAGUCGACAUGAAAUAUUUUGCAAUAUCAAUUGAUCAUGCCUAUUUUCUAAUUAAACAUCCAUUUACAAAACGACCAUGUUUACCGUGCUUUGAAUUAGCGAAAUUAUUAAAUAUCGAUGAAACAAAACUUCCGAAACUUGAUUUCGAAACAACACUAGCUUGUUCUCAACAAAAUCAAACACUAUUUAAUGAGAUUAAAAAUAAAUGCAAAAUUGAUAAUUGUCCACAUAUAAAUCGUCAACAACUACCAUCGUGUAAAUUAUACAAUUUGAAUUCUUUGUGUAAUUAUUUGAAAAAGAUAAGAUUUAAUGAAGGGGAUGUCACUGAUGCAUUUUAUCAACAAUAUAAUCAGUAUGAUAAACCAAAUUAUUGGAAACAAACACGCAAUGUUUAUUCAUAUGAGAAGACACCAAUAGAACAAAACAAAUAUUUGAAAGAACGAUGUCAACUUCUUGCCUUGAGACGACAACAAUUAGUAUCCCUUGUUAAAAAUCAACCGGAAUCAGAAUAUCUAGAAGAAUUAGAAGAAGUUGAACAAAAACUUCAGAGUAUCGUAUGUGAUAUCAAAGAAUAUAUUCCAUCUAUAAAUGAUAUAAAUGAGACAUAUUCACCAUUCGAAAUUCCACGAAAAGAUUUCUAUCGUUUUCCACCACCAGGAUUUGAAGAAUCAGUUACAAUUAAUACUAGCAAUGAACAAGACUAUACCAUGACUGACGUAUCUUAUGAACCACCAUUAGUCAAUUCAUCAAUAAUAACAAACACUGCUGAUCAACAAGAAUAUCAACAAGAUCAAGUACCUAUAUCAGAUAUUUCAUUUUAUCAUCCACGGCGAGAUGAAAAUAACAGUCAAGUGUUAAAUGAACGUCAGAUUCCUGUAUCACCGUUCAAAGAACAAAAAGAAAAUAUUGAAAACGUAAAAACAAAUGUCAAUCAUUGUCAACUUUAUCGUCAAACAUUAUUGAAAAUUGCUCGACCAUAUGAUCGUAGUUUUUCACUUAAUUUAUUGUUUAAUCAUUUUUUAAUGGAUGAAACUAAUGAUGAUGUACUAAAAAAUAAUAUAAUACAAGAAAAAUUUGACGAUAUUAUUCGUAUAACUGAAAAUAUCCUUAAUCUUUUAAAUAUCGAAGGUUACAUGAGUGAAUUGAAAACAGAAUUAUUUCAAAAAAUAAUUAAUUCCAUAUCAUUAUUAAUUGAUAAUAAUGCUGAUAUUAAAUUACGUCUCAUAUCGUACAAUGAUUGUAUCAAAUUCAUUCAACUCAUGGAACCAUCAAUUAAAAGUAUUGUAAAUAAAAUUGAUUCUAUAUUUUAUAUAUGUUAA